AUGUCGGAGUUAGUUCUGUGUUACAAUAAAGGAUGUGCUCAAAAAUUCAACCCUGAAGAAAAUAAAGAAGAUUCAUGCAGAUAUCAUCCUGGGGAGCCAAUAUUUCAUGACGCUAAGAAAAAAUGGUCAUGUUGCAAUAAAUACAGUACAGACUUUUCUGAAUUUCUGAGUAUAAAGGGAUGCACUGUAGGAAAACAUAGCAAUACCCGCCCUGAGGAGCCUGUCAAAGAACAAAAGAAGGUUGACCUCCCUGUUAAACCUGUUCCUCCACCUGCAGCUGCAGUCCCAAAACCAGUUGAUUUGCCUAGACCAUCUUGUACAGAACCCACAUACGAUUUGUCUAUUGAAGUUACAUCAAAUUUGAAAACUGCAUUAGAAAAACUAUCAUUGGACCCAUCCUUUAAACCGUUAGGAAAGUCGUCCGAGGAAACUAAUACAGGUAUUCAUCCAGUUGGUACGAAUUGUAAAAAUAGUGGUUGUAAACAGCUUUACACAGGAACAGAAGCAGACUGUGAGUUGUGCUUGUAUCAUCCCGGUGUAGCUGUAUUCCACGAAGGUAUGAAAUAUUGGACGUGUUGUAAUCAAAAAACUAGUGAAUUUGAAACAUUUGUCAAACAAAUAGGUUGUACAACAGGACGUCAUAAUUGGACUAUUGAAGAUGCUAAAUCGACUAAUUUAGCGCUAACAGUCCAGUCGAGCGUGAAUUGUCGUUUUGAUUGGUAUCAGUCAGGUGGUUUAAUCACCCUAAAUAUUUAUGCCAAGAAUAUAUGGCCUGAAACUGUAUCAAUCAAGGCGAAUCAAGUAUUCCUAUGUGUUUCAUUAAAAUUCGGUUUGGAUUAUCAGUUAUUCACAAGAGAUUUUAAUUUAUUCGGUGUUAUAGAUCCACAAAAGUCAACUGUCAAGCUAAUGCCAGUAAAAGCUGAAAUUAUAUUAAAGAAAGCUGAACCAAUAUCAUGGUCUAAAUUGGAAUGUAAAUCGUUAGAAGAUCAGGAGACAAUGGCAAAUGCUGGUGAUAAAGCAAUUUGA